AUGGCCGCCACGCCACUUCUAUCGUUCCCCCCGGCCCAGCAAGCUCAGAUCAUCCGGUCAAAUCAACGAGAUUUCUUCCGCGUCUCAUCCUUACGGGAGCAGACGGAGUCCGUUCUGAGGUCCUGGCUAGGAACACGUUGGCUCACGCGCUGGGACAAGGAGAUUGACCUCCUCGUCAGGUUACUGUACUAUGGCUUGACUAUUGGUCGAGCCUCCCAGACUCUCGGUGAGGAGUAUACAGAUAUUUGGCUGCAUUCUGUGCACACGGAGAGACCGCCGUCAUGGCGAACGCGAGCAGCUCUUGUGAUGCUACCAGCAUUACCCUCAUAUCUGCUGGCGAAAUGGGGCUCUGUUCUCUCCCAGACAUCGACAUUAGGCUCCAUCGUGAAGAGGUUGCCGACGUUGCUCGAAGUAUUAUCUGAGGUUAACCUCGCAAUAUUCUACUUUCGGGGAACCUACUAUAGCCUCGCGAAGAGAUUUCUAGGGCUCCGUUAUAUUUCUUCCAUCCCAGAAGACCCAAAUACCCGUCCGCCUUCGUACUCGCUUCUAGGCGUUCUCCUUGCCGUCAGACUACUAUCCCGUCUCAUAGGUGCAAUCCGUAAUUUUACAGCGAAGUCUGCCGCGCAGGCUUCAGGAGGGUCCAAGGACAAGCAACCUGUGGACAACUCUCGUGAAACAUAUAUUGAUGAUAACCCUGUGUCAACCAUGCUCGGGCCUGUCGAUAGGGAAGAAGCACCCCAACCCUCCGCUGAAGACGAUGAGCGGACAGUUCUAGACGUCACACGCAUACCACCGAAUGUGAGAGCUGCCCGAACAUGUACACUCUGCCUGGAAGAGCGCACGGCAAGUUGUGCUACGGAGUGUGGUCAUCUUUUUUGUUGGAACUGCAUAGUCGGGUGGGGUCGCGAGAAGCCCGAAUGUCCACUUUGCCGACAAGCUCUCCAACUGAACACUCUACUGUCCAUCUACAACUUGUAG